AUGUCUAAAGAUCAAACCUUUGCCGCAUUCGAUUUCGAUCCUCGUUUAGCCCGAGCCAUUGCACAGUUGGACUUCACCCGUCCCACACCUGUACAAGCCCAAAGUAUUCCUCUUGCACUUGCCGGUAAAGAUAUCCUUGCCCGUGCUCGUACAGGUAGUGGUAAAACUGCUGCCUAUGCUAUGCCCAUUGUUCAAAAGAUCUUGGUUGGAAAAGAGGUACAACUUGGUUAUUUUUAA